GGGUGGGGCGGGGCCUCUCCCGGAAAAGACAGGGAUUUCCGCCCGGGAGGGGAUGGGUGGGGGCUUACCCGGAACAUCCGGAUCAGGGCUGGCCUCCCUCUCCACUCAAAGUAGAGGAGUCGAGGCCCUGUGGGGCCUCUACCAGAAAGAAGGGGGUCCCUAAGUCUGGCGUGUGGGAACAUGCGGAGGCCUUUCCCACCCCACGGACACACGCGGGAUCAUGGUCUCAUCUCCGAGGCUAUGCCAGGAAGGGGUCUGCCGGGGGGUCCUGUGCCGGCUGGGAAGCAGGGGUGGUGCACAGAGGAGACACCUCGAAGUUGUUGAGUACCCGUACUUAGCUGGAGGCGAAGUUCCCACCAUCAGCCCUUAAGGCAAUGCUCUGUCCAGAGCUCUGGCUUUCAGUGCCCCUCAGGGACACAGCACAGUCCGCAGGAUGAGCUGAGCACUUGUGAAUGCCACAAAGCAAUACAGAUCCUUUUGCACAACCUGUGGAGGACGCCCUACCGGAACCCCGGGAGUUCUGGGAGCCACACCACCCGGAAGAGCCCUUGCCGGGAGAACGCAGAGCCAAUGAGGGAACAGGACGCGGCACUCUUAGGCGGGUGCAUGCGCUGGGGGCGGGACUUCCGGCUACGUUCCCAGCUGUAUAUGUAUUUACCUUUCCUAGCGUCUGCUUAUCUCUUCAGGUUCCGGAACGCGGGUUCAGGGUCGGGGUGACUGGUCGUGAAGACGCGACGGGAGACGCGGUCGCCGCCGCACACAGCUCACUCCGGGUGUCCGCUCCCCUCAGGCCCGCUGCCGGCGCACCGAGUCCGAUGGCGGCGGCCCCGCCCAGGGACUCGGAUGAGUGUGGUGUGACCUUUGAGGACGUGGCCGUGUACUUCCCCUGGAAGGAGUGGAGGCUUCUUGAUGAGGCUCAGAGACGGCUGUACCACCAUGUGAUGCUGGAGAACUUUGCACUUGUAUCGUCACUGGGUUGCUGCUAUGGAGCAGAGGAUGAGGAGGCCCCCUUUGCACAGAGCGCUUCUGUAGGUGUGUCCCAGAACGGGACGCCCAGGGCCGCUCUGUCUUCCCCACCCCUGUGA